AGGAAGUGUAAUAUGGCUACUGCUGGAAAAGUAAUCAAAUGUAAAGCUGCGGUGUGCUGGGCACCUAAUCAACCGCUCAGCAUAGAAGAGAUUGAAGUUGCACCACCAAAGGCUCAUGAAGUUCGCAUAAAGAUUGUGGCAACUGGAAUUUGUCGUACAGAUGAUCAUAUUUUAAAAGGGGAACUAAGUGGCAUAAAAUACCCUCUCAUACCUGGCCAUGAAGGUGCUGGGAUUGUAGAGAGUGUUGGUGAAGGAGUAACAGAUCUGAAACCUGGAGACAAAGUCAUCCCAUUGUUUAUGACUCAGUGUGGAAAAUGCAAAUGUUGUGUAAGUUCUGACACAAAUCUUUGCAGCAAAAAUGACAUUGGGAAAUAUAGUGGAGUGCUAUUGGACGACACCAGCAGAUUUACCUGUAAGGGGAAACCUGUUCAUCACUUCAUCACUACCAGCACUUUUACCGAGUACACAGUGGUUGAUGACAUUGCUGUUGCUAAGAUACACCUGGAUGCACCGCUGGAUAAGGUCUGCCUUAUUGGCUGUGGAUUCUCCACCGGAUAUGGCUCUGCUGUGAAUACUGCUAAGGUUAAACCCGUCUCUACCUGUGCAGUAUUUGGCCUGGGAGGAGUGGGUUUGUCAGUGAUUAUUGGAUGUAAAGUAGCUGGUGCUUCCAGGAUUAUCGCAGUUGAUUUAAACAGUGACAAAUUUGCAAAAGCUAAAGAGUUUGGAGCCACUGAUUUUAUCAACCCUAAAGACUAUGACCGUCCUAUCGAUGAAGUGCUGACAGAGAUGACAGAGGAUGGAGUGGACUAUGCCUUUGAGUUCAUUGGAAACACUGGAGUCAUGACAUCUGCUCUCAAAUCCACUCACUUUCGCUAUGGAAAAACUGUGAUUGUAGGUGCUGCUCCUUCCACCGCUACCAUGACAUUUGAUCCAAUGCUAAUUCUAACUGGACGUGUUGUGACUGGAGCUUGUUUCGGAGGAUGGAAGGGUAAAGAUGAUGUACCAAAACUUGUGUCUGAUUAUAUGAAUAAGAAAUUUAACUUUGAUGGGCUGAUAACACACAGAUUACCAUUUCUGAAGAUCAGUGAAGGAUUUGAACUUCUGCAUAAAGGAGAGAGGUCAUCGAUAUUGGGGGACUGGAAACUCCCUUUAAAAAGGCUUAGCCUAUCAAUAGCACAAAGGCCAUGCAGUGUGAAGAAGGCUAGGGCUACUCAGUGACAGCAAAUCUCAUACAAGACAAAUAAAAAUUUGGGGGCUUGUCUCUAAAACAUCCUGUCAAGUGACUUUUUCUGAGCUGCGAUUUGGCUGUAAAACCUGCCAAUUCACAAACAGGUCACAAGAAAGUAGCAGCUGCGCAUGAUUAGCACUGAGGUCUAUGAAGGCAAAAUUGUGUACAACUUUCAUUUAAAAAUCAAAGAAAAUUGCAUUCUUGCGAUUGUUGUGGUCAUGCCAGGUCAAGAAUUGCAACGUCACUCCACUGACAUUGCAAUCUUAGAUAACACCAGAAUAAAAGCAGUGUGAUGUAAGUAACCCUCGGUCUCUGCGAACCUAAAGGCAUAAUCGGAAAUGUAGGUACCAUAAGGGGAACUAUAUGGCAGACAAAUCAUAAAUGGCACAUCAAAUUAAACACGUAUACAAAAAGCAUGUACAACAGGCUCUACAUUAAUCUUUAUAGCCUACAGUAUACUGCAUUAUAGGCAAAAAAUAAUUGCUGUCUUUUUUUGUUAGUAAUAAUUAUUAGAGAUGGGCAAAGUUUAGAAACAUUCAAUUCGGCAGAUUCGGCAAAGUUUAAUAAGAAAUUUGAUUUCUUACGAAUCGCUGUGUUAAAACCCCAUUCAUGCCUAUCAAUCAAUAAAUCAAUCAAUGGGACUUUUUAGAAUCAAAUUUUUCCUAAAAUUCUGACUGUAUUCCACUUUGGAAAUUUUGCUUCACUCAACACUAUUAAUUAUUAAAAAUAUAAAAAGUUAAAGCUAUGGGAAUUUCUUUUUAUUAUUGUGUUAUAAUCAUUUUGAGCUAAAAUACUUUUUUUUUCUAUUGGUCCUUAUUAAAACUUUGGAACACUUUUCUCUGUACAGCUUUGAGAUCCUGUAGUAGCCUGCUGACUGUUUUCGCUCUGUUCCAUCACGCAGCUCAGCUGACUGUAAUUUAUCUCUGAUCUUGUAAACACUCAUUAGAGCUCAUUUAUUGUCUUACUGAUAAGAAUGUGGCUUAAAUAAGUGCUUCUAACCUUUUAGUGAUUUAGAGUUAGGUCCCUUUCACACGAGCGAGUUUUCCCGCGCGAGUGCAAUGCGUGACGUGAACGCAUUGCACCUGCACUGA